AUGCGUACAUUUCCUAUUCUUUUCCCCUUUUCCCCUCCUUUUCCGUUAUUGCCACAAGGUACCAGGUUUAAUCUCAAGUUUACCCAUUUUAACUCUCUUCUACAAUCAUUUAUGAACGCUAAACAGUGGCUAGCGAAGCUCGUGGCGUUCGACACGACGAGCCGCAACUCCAACCUCGACCUCAUCCACUACUGCAAGGAGUACCUGGAGGGACUCGGUGUGAAGUGCACGCUGGUGCACAACGCGGAGAAGACAAAGGCGAAUCUGUGGGCAACGCUGCCGGGCGACGGCGGUGUGACGGACGGCGGCAUCAUUCUCUCCGGCCACACCGACGUGGUGCCGGUGGACGGGCAGAAGUGGGACAGUGACCCGUUCACGCUGACGGAGAAGGAUGGCCGGCUGUACGGGCGGGGCACAUGUGAUAUGAAGGGAUUUAUUGCUGUAUGUAUGUCCCUCACUCCGGAAUUACUCAAGAUGAAGCGUGCUAAACCGAUUCAUUUUGCAUGGACCUAUGAUGAAGAGAUAGGAUGUAUCGGUGGCAAGGUGCUUGCGGAGUUCCUGCGGGAUAACAACAUCAAGGCGGAUGGAUGCAUCGUUGGUGAACCAACAUCUAACAACAUCGUCAUUGCGCACAAGAGUAAUGAUUUGUUCCGUGUUCGUAUUUACGGUAAAGCGGCACAUUCCUCUUAUGCUCUUACAAAUCAAGGAUGCAAUGCUAUUGACUAUGCCUGUAAAUUGAUCCUAAAAAUACGUGAGGUGGCUGAAGAAGUCAAGUUCAAGGGUCCAUUUGAUGAGUUUUUUGAUGUUCCUUUUACUACAGUAUCGACAAAUUUUAUUAAAGGGGGUAAUGCAGGGAAUAUCAUUCCUGCAACGUGUGAAUUUUUGUAUGAAAUGAGAUGCUUGCCAAAAGUAGAGUUGAAAUCUAUUCAAGAAAAAAUACAAAGUUUCUUAGAAAAGGAACUUCUUCCCUCUUUGAAGAAAGAAUAUCCAGAUGGACGUAUUGAGGUGGAAAAAUUGAGUGGCGUCCCUUCAAUGAAGGAAUCUGACGAGAACGAUCCGUUUAUUGUAUUGGUACGCCAUUUGACUAAAGAUUCGAAGACACGCAAGGUCGCGUACGCCACUGAAGGUGGUCACUAUCAGGGUAUUGGUGUUCCUGUGGUUGUCUGUGGGCCAGGAUCUAUCUUGCAAGCACAUCAACCGAAUGAGUUUGUUUCUAUUGACCAACUCGAUGGUUGUGCUAAUAUGAUUCGCGGUGUUGCUUUGGGUAACUUAAAUGGGCAACGGUCCCAUAUUUAA